UAAAGGCCGGCGCUUGCCGUGCGUCCGGUCACCGACGGCAUAAGCGAUCGAUCUCGUGCUGCAUAUAUAGAGCUAGCCGCCGCCGCCACCACCACCAGCAGCUGAAGCAGAAGCAGAAGCAGAAGCUAGCUUAAUUAGCGCGUGUUUGCACAUGCACGCAGUUUAGUCGUCGUCGAUCUUGUCCGUCCCACCACCGAGAGCACGCCGGCUUAAUUCCGUCGAUCUCGUCGACGUACGUCCACAUGAUGGCGGCGACCGUGGCCAACAAGCUACCGUUACUCCUGCUGCUUCUCGUCGCAGCGUCGUGCCUACUGCCGGAGCUCGCCGCGGCGGCGGUGCCGGUGCCGGUGCCGGCGCAGGGACUCCGGUCUGUCGGCGGCGUUAAGUUACACUUAGAGCGCCGCCAGGUUCUGGUGGACAAUGGCGUCGUGCAGGUGACGCUGUCCAAGCCUGGGGGCCAUAUCACCGGCGUCCGCUACAACGGCGAGCGCAACCUGCUCUACUACAAUGGAGAUGACAAUUCUGCCGGCUAUUGGGAUGUGGUGUGGAACUUUCCUGAAUCCAAUCAUCCAAGAGGCAUGAUCGAUAUGCUGGACAGUACAGAAUUCAAGGUAGUAUCGUCAACUGAAGAUCAAGUGGAGCUUUCCUUCAGGAGCACAUACAAUCCAUCGCUUCAAGACAGCGUUAGGCUAAACAUCGACAAGAGGUUUGUGAUGCUGAAAGGUAGCUCAGGGUUCUACUGCUAUGCCAUCUUUGAGCAUCUCCGAGAAUGGCCUGCUCUCAACAUUUCAGAGGCUCGCCUCGCCUUCAAACUGAACACUGGCAAGUUCAACUAUAUGGCGAUCUCAGACGACAUACAGAGGUUCAUGCCGAGUGCGACAGACAGAGAUGCACCUCGUGGUGUUCCACUGGCAUACCAGGAGGCCGUCCUGCUCGUUAACCCUAAAGAGCCACAGUUCAAAGGAGAGGUGGAUGACAAGUACGAGUACUCGCUGGACAACAAGGACAACAAGGUUCAUGGCUGGAUCAGCAGCAGCCAUCCCAACCCCAUGGGGUUCUGGGUCAUCACCCCCAGCAACGAGUUCAAGAGCGGCGGCCCACUGAAGCGCGAGCUCACCUCCCAUGUCGGCCCGACAUCCCUCACAAUGUUUCUUGGAACGCAUUACGUCGGGAACGACAUCGUUCUGAAGAUCGAGGAAGGCGAGUACUGGAAGAAGGUGAUGGGACCAGUGUUCAUCUACCUCAACUCGAGCCCGAAGAGAGGAGAUCUGCAGGCGCUCUGGGAAGACGCCAAGGUGCAGGCGGAAGCUGAAGCUAGCAAAUGGCCGUAUAGCUUCCCUGGAUCGCUGGACUUCCACAAGGCGGAGCAGAGAGGAUCGGUCGCCGGCAGACUACUCGUCAGAGACAGGUACAUGAGCAGCGACGACAUGACUGCUGGGUUGGCUUACGUUGGCCUGGCCUCUCCUGGACAACCCGGUUCUUGGGCGACAGAGAGCAAGAACUACCAGUUCUGGACAAGAGCAACACCCUGCGGCAGAUUCAGCAUCGGCAAUGUCAGAGCCGGAGUGUACAACCUCUACGCUUGGGUUCCUGGGAUUCUUGGCGACUACAUGUACACCUCGCAACUAACAGUAACACCUGGAUGUAGCAUCAACCUUGGUGAUCUUGUGUUCGAGCCUCCAAGAUCAGGGCCGACGCUGUGGGAGAUGGGUAUCCCGGACAGGAGUGCAGCAGAGUUCUUUAUCCCUAACCCCAACCCCAAAUACAUCAACAAGCUGUUCGUCAACAAAGACAAGUACAGGCAGUACGGGUUGUGGGAGAGGUACGCCGAGCUGUACCCCGACGACGAUCCCGUCUUCAAGAUCGGCGAGAGCGACAUCUCCAAAGACUGGUUCUUCGCGCACGUCACAAGAAGGCAAGGCGACGGGUACGCGCCGACGACGCGGCGGAUCCAGUUCACGCUCGACCACGUCGAGGCAGACGCCACCUACACGCUCCGCGUCGCGCUGGCGGCGGCGCACAUGUCGAGGCUGCAGGUGCGGGUGAACGGGGCGGAGCCGCUGACGACGGCGGCGGCGAUCGGCGACGGGAACGCGAUCGCGAGGCACGGGAUACACGGCGUGCAGUGGGGGCUGGAGUUCGCGGUCAAGGGGUACAUGCUGGUGGAGGGGGAGAACGUGGUGAGCAUCACGCAGACGAGGGCGUUGAGCCCCUUCUUCGGCGUCAUGUAUGACUACAUCCGGCUGGAGGGGCCGCCGCCUUUGUGGCGAGAUCCUACGACGAUGACGGGAGGUUGACGACGAUGAAUUCAUGAUCACGUACAUUUGCUAGCUAGGGCUAAGUAGAGAGUGUGUAUUUGGAUUAGUGAUCUUGUAUUAGUCUGGUAGGAAUUCAAGUUUAGUUUUGCAAGUGUAUUCAUAUAUAGGGUUGAUUAUUAAUUUAUGAGCAAGUUUACUGUUUUUGAGUAAAUACUUAGAUAUAUCAAAAUUUUAAUGUAAAAUUUGAUAA